AUGUUUCGAAAUUGCUUUGUAUCCUGUCUUGUACGCAAACUGCUUUCUGCUCUUCCGCUCCAUCGUUCUAGGGUUUCUUCCUUAACUCGUUGCACACAAGAUCUAAACAGCCGGGGACCGAAGAGGAACAUUCGAUUCAUAAAGGCCGAUCGGAUCGAGGAGUUCUCUGUUCUGGGAAAAACUGAGGAGAUCGCCUCCCUUCGGCUUCCGUAUGUAGACCUAGCAGUAUUGCACGCGAAGGAGGACGCCGCUGUCAGGAAAGCGGAGGGCGAAGCGGAAAGAAUAGGAGUCGGGGUAACUGCAGAGGCUCAAGACAUAUUUUUCGCCCUAUGUAAAACGUGA